AUGGCGCAGUCGCCCUGGUCAGUACUGACCUUCUAUGGCGCCUACCACUCUAAUCCCAUAAACAUCACUAUUCACGAAGUAUGUGUGCCGAUACUCUUAUGGACGUUUCAGGUUAUGGCAUCUGUCCUCCCCGUUCCGGCGUUCAUCCCGGCUGUUCACGUCGCGAUUAAUCAAUGGUUUACGUUCGAUCUGAACGUACCGGCAUUGCAUGCCCUCUUGUACAUCAUCUAUUACUUUGCCCUCGAGCCUACCGCAGCCGCCCUGUACGUUCCUCAGCUGGCAUUGUCGCUCCUUACUGCGACCGCCUUCUCGUACACCCCUGAUGCGAUCAAAUAUGCCACCGCACUGCAUAUUGGCUCCUGGAUUGCUCAGUUCGUUGGGCACUACGGUCCCGAGGGUCGCUCUCCGGCUCUCCUCGACAACAUCGUCGGCGCUGUGGUCCUCGCCCCUUUCUUCGUCCAUCUCGAGAUCCUGUUUGCGUUAGGCUAUAAGCCCGAGCUACACAGAGAGCUCAAGAACAGCAUCGGCACAGAGAUCCUGAAAAUCAAAAGAGCAAAGAAGGCAUCCAAACGCGAGGAUGAGUAGUAACAGCACGAUGCACACCUUCAUGGCAAUAUUCUUCAAGGCUGUACCAGCUAGUCGCUUUGCGAGGACUGCCUUGAUGCCAUGGUCUCAUCCAACUCUGUAGUACCGCUCAACACGCUUUGUCUCAAACUGAGAUUUUCGAAUUUACGCCUACACCUAGCAUCCAUAUCGUACUGCUUUCCUAUCGUCUGUCGUCUGUAACAUCUAUCAUUUCAUUUGGUUCUGUGGCGACUUU